AUGGCGUAUGUUCGGGCAGGCGGAACGAGAACGACGGCUGAUUUUGAUGAGCUUGCCCAACGUGUCUCCGAGGCGUGGGAUCGAGUGAUCCGUAAUGGUGAGCCAGUAUUGGAGGAGAGAAAACUGAAUGCGGUGUUUGUCUUGGGUGGGAUCACUACAGGCAUGGAGAAUGGGUUUUUACUCCCUCGGGCUGGUGAGGAUGCUAGCUGGCUAAGGUCUAAUGCUCCGAAGUUUGAAGAGCUAGCGACGCAAGGGGAUGCUGAUUUUAUUGAACUUGUGGAGGAGAUGCGAAGUAGGAAUGAUCUAUCUGUCUAG